AGUUUUUAUGCUCAAACAUUGGCUUCUCACGGAGGCUGCUGGCAAGGCUUGCCAUGUCGGUGUCCCACACUUUUUCUUUGACCUCAGCUUCAUCUCGCGGUUCAUCCGCGAUCGAAGAGAAUUACUCAGUCGUCAAGCGAAUUGGUUCGGGAGCCUUUGCAGACGUGAAAGAGGUGAAGCAGAAGAACGCGAAGAAACACUUUGCGUGGAAGCAGGUCUCCUUGGAGAAGGACCCUCACUGUGCAAAUGAGGCAGAAAUACUCAGUGGGUUGAAGCAUCAGGGCAUUGUUGAGAUCAUUGACUUCUUCUCCAAGGAUGGCGUUAUCGACAUGCUGCUUGAACUAUGUACCAAGGGGAGCAUGAGCCAGUACAUCGACAAACACUAUGAAAGUCUUCCAUUCACUCCCCACAAGGUCUACAUGCCACCUGACUCCAUUGCUGUCAAGAGCGCCAUGCAGCAGCUCCUGAAUGCGGUGAAAUAUCUCCACGAGAACUGUGUGGCACAUCGAGACAUCAAGCCCUGCAAUGUACUCUUGUCCUCAGGCAGACAGUGGAAGUUGGCAGACUUCAAUCUCGCGGGGAGGUUCCAACCCGGUGGUUACAUGGCAGACCAUGUGGGCACCAGGCCUUUCAAGGCACCGGAGGUCAAGACCAAGUGCUACACCGAGAAGUGCGACGUUUACAGCAUGGGCAUCCUCUUCAUCAACCUGGUGACAGGAAAGCACUACUGGCAGCUGAGCGAGCAUGGAGAGACAGCGGAGGCCCCACACACACCUCCCCCGCCCGAAGACCUUCUUGAUGAGAAGACCUGGCGUGGCACGGAGUUCAGAAUGCAGGGCUUGGACUUCGCCAAGGAGAUGAUCCAAAGCCCCGAAGCACAGCGCCUCUCAGCAGAGGAAGCCUUGGAGAGCUUCUGGCUGAGGGGCAAACAAAACGGCUGUUGCACGAUCAACUGAGCGGCAGGUGGUUGAGAUGCUGAGAUGGGUGUCAAAGAAUGGAGAAGCCACAAAUGCUUGUGGUCCGGUCAAUUUGAGAGUGGCGAGCAGUUGUCGUUCAAAUCUGUCGUUGGUCACGUCGUUGGUUUCUGAGGGUGUUGAAUUGAUUGGAACCACAUUCCUUGUAAGUCAGCACAUGUGCCCCGGAGGGGCGUGUGUCACGUGGAACACAAGUGGGUGACGAGAGUUCCGGUGCCGCGAAACGCCCGGUGUGGUGGAACCACUGCUCUCGCCUUCCAGCAGUUCAGCAUGUCAGCGGAACAUGCGUUUUCCAACCAUGGGACAAGCCCGGCCGGGUUGCCGUUUUUGGGCGGGUUGCUUUUGACAAGAAUAUGAGAGAGUCCGUCAGCCAAGGAUCAAAUGGACCAAA